AUGAUAAGCGCCUGUCUGGGGUCCCUCAUCACCUCGUUGGUGGUCACACCCUUCGAUGUGAUCAGAAUACGAAUACAGCAGCAGGAAAUCAUGCCUGCCAGCGCACCUUGCUGCUCGACCCACUUUCCCGACGCCAUCAAGCCGCCAGCCAAGCUCGCAGCAACUUCACCAGAACUCUUCUGGCUCCAUAAGAACUACUGCUCCACAGACCCCAACUGCACGCGUAUCACCUCGACGUUUCAAGGCUUCACCACAAUCGCGCGGAACGAGGGUGUUGCCACCCUCUGGAGAGGUCUCUCGUUGACCCUCCUCAUGGCUAUACCCUCCAAUAUCGUGUAUUUCACGGGUUACGAAUACAUCCGAGACCACUCGCCCAUCAGCCAGAACCCGCUCAACCCGUUGUUCUGUGGCUCGUUCGCCAGAAUCAUGGCGGCCACCUUGGUGUCGCCCAUUGAGCUCGUCAAAACCAGACUCCAGUCCAUUCCCUCCGACCACAACGGUUCCCCCAAAAUAUUGGCCAACUUGCUCAAAGACAGCUUGAAUGUGGUCAAGGCUCGCGGCAUUGGAACCAUGUUCACUGGUCUCCAGAUCACCUUGUGGAGAGACGUGCCCUUUUCCGGUAUCUACUGGUUGUCGUACGAGUUCUUCAAGGAGAGGAUCAGUCGGAGUAUGAGUUCUGAAAACUCCGCCAACGAGGACGACUGGAAGGUCUUGACCAGCAGUUUCCUUUCCGGGUCAAUAUCAGGUUUGAUUGCAGCAUUUGCCACCAACGCCUUCGAUGUGGGCAAGACUAGACUCCAGAUCACCAGCCAGGAGCAGAGCGACAAAGGCAAACCAUUCAAAAAGCCUUCCAUGUUCAAGUUUUUGCUCGACAUACGCAGGAAGGAAGGAAUUCGGGCGUUGUACGCUGGGUUCAUCCCCAGAGCGAUCAAGAUUGCGCCAUCGUGUGCUAUCAUGAUAUCGUCGUACGAAGUUGGAAAGAAACUUUUCAAGAACGGAAAUAUGAAGGAAAAUGUUAAUAUUAACUAG